AUGGGCGAGUUCUCCGCCGUUGUCUUCAUCAUCGACGUCAUGUGCCUCAACAUGCUGACCGUCAUCAACGCCCUCCUCUGGCGCAACGACGAUACGACCCAGUGGUGGGCCGGCUACGGCUGGUGUGACCUGCACGCUUUUCUCUACGUACCUCUCAUGUGUCUCUACUCGACCUCGUGCUUGGCCAUCAGUCGCAACCUCUCCGACCAAGUCAACAUGCUGCGCGCGAACCCCCUGACCCACAGGGAAAAGCGGAAGAAGAAUCUCAUCCAGGCUCUCAUCAUGUUCCCGAUCCCCCUCAUCCAGAUGGCGUGGAUCUAUCCGUUGACGGCGCAGCGAUACAUCAUCAUUACCCUCGUGGGCUGCGACUGGAGGGUCCAUGGCAGCUGGCCUUACUUUGUAUUCUUUCUGCUGCCCGCGCCUCUUCUUGCGCUGGUCUCGGCCUUUUAUUCGAUUUUGACCUUCAAACGAUAUCGCGAGCUUCGAAGAGGCAUGCAGAAUGCACUGUCGUCCAACAGCUCGGCCUCUUCGCGUCAGAACCGCACCAGGCGCAGGCUCUACUUCAUGACCAUCUCCGUCCUCAUCCCCUACCUGCCCCUGCAGCUGGCGCACGCUGUCCUCAACGGCCUCAGCAGUUUCCCCCUGCAGCCCUUUGACUUCCACAAGAUCCGCUACGAGGCCGCCCCGUUUCCCUGGGACUCGAUCGUCUUCAUGCCCUCCACUCAGGUGCCGUGGAUCUUCCUCAACAACAAGUACAUUCCGAUCCUGACGACCGUCGUCAUCUUCAUCUACUUUGGCAUCACCGUCGACGCCCGCCGCAUGUAUCGCCAUGCCGUGCUCGCCAUGGGCCUCGGCUCCAUGUUUCCACAUCUGCACCACAGCGAUGGCUACAACGUCAGCGACCAAAGCGGCAGCCGCAGCGGCACCGGCUCGUGGGGCGCGCGAACGUAA